CCCGAAGAACAGCAUGCACCGUGCUCUAUUGCUUCCCGCUCCAGUCUCCUGCACUGCACCUUGCUUUGCUUUGCUGAUCGCUGAUUUUGCCCGACCUACCCUACGCUAGUACUUUGAAGUAGUAGGAGCUAGCGAGAUCUCCAUAUAUAUAAAGCGACCUUCUUUGCACUCAGCUCGUAGAUCCACACCUGCAGCUGCCACAGCGGGUGGUGCUUAGCUUAGGCUAGCCUAGCUGCGCCUGCGCAUGCUCGUGACCAAUGGCGUCCAGCAAGGUGCCACUGUUCCUCGUCCUCAACCUCCUGCUCUUCGCGGCGGCCAACGCCUGCCCUUACUGCCCGGGCAACAAUGGCCACGGUAGCAGCGGGCACCAUGGCGGCAGUGGGCAUGGCGGCGGUGGCACCGGCGGUUCCGGUGGCGGCAGCGGGCCAGGUGGGGGCAGCAGCGGCGGAGGGUACGGUCCGAUCGGUGGUGGUGGUGGCAGCGGCGGCGGAGGAGGGUACGGUCCGAUCGGUGAUGGUGGCAGCGGCGGUGGGAUCGGACCCAUCGGAGGCGGCAGCGGGGGGAUCGGACCCAUAGGAGGUGGCAGCGGUGGUGGGUACGGCCCCAUCGGUGGCGGUGGCGGUGGAGGUGGGAGCGGUGGCGGUGGCGGUGGCAACGAUGGCACGAGCGGCUGGUACGGCCAUUGCCCGACAAACGCGCUGAAGCUCGGCGUGUGCGCCAACGUGCUGGAUCUGAUCAAGGCCAAGGUCGGCGUGCCGGUGAACGAGCCGUGCUGCCCGCUGCUGAACGGGCUCGUGGAGCUCGAAGCCGCCGUGUGCCUCUGCACGGCCAUCAAGGCCAACGUGCUGGGGCUCAACCUCAACAUCCCCGUCAACCUCAGCCUCGUCCUCAACUUCUGCGGCAAGGGCGUCCCCACGGGCUUCAAGUGCCUUUAACCAUGCAUGCACAUCAUGUGUGCGUGCGUGCCGUACGUACGUAGUAUCCAAGACCACGCGAUGCGUGAGUAUGACGAAGAAUACGCGCGUGCGCCAUGCUUGCCGGCCGGGGAUACGGUGUUUGUGGUAAUGCUGUUAGUUUCGUUUCUUCAGUGUAGUAUGUAGCCAGGGCAUGCAUGUGUCCAAGUCCAAGUUCGACUUUGGGUUGCUUGUACUUCUCCAUUUCAUAAUUGAAAUCAUAUUUCAGAUUUGAGUUAAAAGGUAAUUAA